CAGACAAAUAGCUGUCCAGUCUCUUCUUUAAAACCUCCAGUGAUGGAGUACCCACCCCUUUUGGAAGGAAGCCCUUCCACUUGUUAAUUUUUUUCACUGUCAGGAAGUUUCUGCUUAGUUCUAGGUUGCUUCUCUCCUUGAUUAGUUUCCAUCGUUGCUUCUUGUCUUGCUUUCAGGGGCUUCGGAAAAUAAGUUGACCCCCUCCUCUUUGUAGCAGCCCCUCACUGUGGAUCUUUGUGGCAGUGAAAUUCUUGGGUGGGCACACAUUUUGAAGGAGAGGUAAAGCAGCUGAGAAUUGGUCUAAAAAUAUUCCUGGCCUUUCUGCGCUAUAAAUACAUGUCACUUGGCAUUUGCUUUUUUAAAAAAAGUGAAUUAUAUCUGUGACAUCUCUCACAGAAGUCAUUUGAUGAAGCUCUGAUCAAUAAUGGUGGUGUACCACCACAGAGAGGGUUUAGGAGAUUUUCACUCCAACCCAUCAAAACAAUGUUUCUCUGCUUGUAAUAUGUGGGAAAAGGGCUUCCUGAAAAAUAUAUUUGGUUGAUCUGUCCCUGCAUCUGCAUUUCUGCUAAAAAGCUAUUUUUUUUAGUUUUUUUCAGGAAUUGGUCUCUAAAUUGACUGAAGAAAAGAGUAAAGAUAUACUCAAUUCAGCUGUGACUCCAUGGGCACAAUCAGUUAUCUUAACAGUAAUAUGGACUCAAAUUUUUCUAUUUUUUAAUUUUGCAUUUAUUCUGAUUUUGUUGCAUAUUUCCCAGGCUAGUUUCAGUCUUAGCAUUUUUUGGUGGACUCUUCUCUAAUAAGAACUAACCAAGCCUGAUCCUGCUUAAUGUUUCAGUAUCUAAUUAUUCAUUCAGUAUUACUCAGCACUUUUCCCUACUAAGAUAAAUGUCAUCACUAAAAUAAUAAAAUAGGUUUAUACACCAAAUCACCAAGUUGAUAGACAAAUAUUACACCUCAAUUGGGACUCUUCCACCAUUCCCUUCCAGUGUAGAUGGGACUACAAUUCCCUUCACCUCCCUUAGUGAGCCAGUUUGCUUCAUGUUGAUAGGAACUGUAAUCCCAACAUUUGGUAUUUGGUUGGUAUUAAAUUUGUGGGUCAGCAUCUGGUGACACGAAUCAUAUCAAUACUGCUAUUUUAAAACCUCAAAUUAUGUUAUCAAGAUUAAGCUUUAAGGGGCAAAGUAAGUUUUCUGUACCUAGCUCCAAUUUGGUUCCAAUCUCACAUUGAUCUUCAAAAGCUAAACAGAGUUGGAAUUAAUGCUUCAACAGGGCACUAGGAGAUAUUGAAAGCAAUAGCAAGCCUCUUUCGUAGUGUGGCCAAAAAAAAAUUGGUAUCGUAUCUCUAGAAGCCAAGAAGCUGUGCUUAAUAUACCUACUUUUAUUUAGAAUAUUUCAGGCAUCUGGUGUUAUGGAUUCUGCUCUCCAAAUGCUGAGAUAAUCAUGGAGACACUAGUGAUAAUGUGCUCGAGACACUUGCUUAUUUUUCAAAAUUAGGUAUGCAACUUGGCAUUGGACUGUGUGGUCCAACAUGAUGCGAUCAACAGGAAAGCUUUUCCUGUAUUUGUCCAUUUAAAUGAGCAAGAGCAGAGUUAUCUUUGAAGAUAAUAAUGUGGCAUAUAAAUCCCUAACAUCAAAUGCAUUGGAUUCCAGAAUGUGUUAUUCUAUCGUGCCCCCUAUAGGUCAUGAGCUGCAACUGCAGAUAUCAACAUGGACCAGCUCUUUGAGCAAUAACAUUUCCCCAACUUCUGGCACUGAAGGCAAAAAUUGCACAUUAAUGGAAGUACUAAAGUUACCCACUCAAAUGCUUUUAGAUGUGUUAUAGACUUGAGAACAGCCUGGCCAACUCAUACUUGGAUUGUGAUUCAGGGCUUGCUGUGUGGUAGAACUGUUAGUCUUAUGAAUCCUACCAACAACCAGAAAAGGUUAGCUGGUUUCUAAAUCCUCCUUUUGGUUUGCUCUUCCACACAGUGCAAAUGCCUCACUGGGAAGGGUGAGACUGGAGAACUUUGGAGAUAAAUGAAAACCACAACAGUGUUUUGGAAACCCAGAGAACAAGGAUGGAAGAAAGGUCUCUGUGAUGCAGCCCACCUAUCAGUGAGGAAAAUGAAGAAAUCCCCAGGCUGGAGAGGGAGGUCCGCGCCCGGCCCUUCUCCGCGGGGCGGGAGGCUCUCCCAGAAUGGAAGCGGCCCAGCCGGCGGGGUUAAAAUUAGCACGGCGCGUCGUCCCGGCGCAGCUGCCCCGUCCCGUCUUGUGUCGCCUGACGCGCCCCCCUCGACGGCUCUCUGCUCUGGCCGCCCGGAGAGGGAGCGGGGCGGCGGCGGGGGCAGGCGAGGGCUCGGGCGAGCCGGUCCCGGCCACCUCACAGAGGCCGGACAGCGACACAGCCGGACCGGCCGGCGGUGGCUCCAGACGACGCUCCGUCGGGCGACACGGCAACCCGUCCGACGGCCACCAGUUGCUUCCAGCACAGCACCAUUCACAAUGAAAGUCCCCCUCAAGAGACAAUUCAAGAUGAGCCUGCUGGAUAUCACCAAGAUGUUUUCCCUGUUCCAGCCCAGCGAAGAUGAAGAUGGGGACAGAGAAAGACAAGAGUUGAGUGUAGCCGUGUCCCAGGACAACUACCAGCUGUUGGACCAACUGUUGCACCAAGAGAGUUACAAACGGGUCAUCAACAGUCGGAGUGGUUGGGGGGUGCCAGGCACUCCCCUGCGCUUAGCGGCAUCAAAGGGCCAUGUCAGGUGCGUCAAGGUGCUUCUGGACCACGGAGCUGAAGUGGACAGCUUGGAUGUCAAGGCCCAGACGCCACUAUUUGUUUCUGUCAACAACGGGCACCUUGACUGUGUGAAGGUCCUCUUGGAGGCGGGGGCCUGUCCUUCUGGGAGCAUUCACAACAACUGCACCCCACUGCUCACGGCUGCGAGAGAAGGAGCCCUGGGGAUCCUGCAGGAGCUGCUGUCACACGGGGCAGACCCUAAUGUCAAACCUCGAAUCCCGGAGUGGGUGGCCAACUCUGUGGCCUGCUGUGGACCUUUGUAUUUGUCUGCCGUCUAUGGUCACCUGGAAUGCUUCAAGACUCUCUUGCUGUACGGGGCUGAGCCGAACUAUAACUGCUUAAAUAGGAACAUGGUCACCCGAAUUAAACACCCCAAGACUCUCCUGGAAGUCUGCUUGAAGCAUGGCUGCAGGGUGGAAUUUGUCAAGCUCCUCAUUGAUUUUGGUGCCAAUAUCUAUUUGCCUGGCAUCACGAUGGAGAAGAGCUCAGCAAACUCUGAAGUGCUUGAGCUGUUGGCCAGAGAAAGAGCAUUGCCCAAAUCCUUGAUGUCUCAAUGCAGACUGGUAAUCAGAAGAUUUAUGAAACUGGAGAACCAUCCUGAAGCUGUGGAUCAACUGGACAUCCCACUAGUGCUGCUCAGCUACCUCAAACACCAUGUAUAACAGAAGAUCAAUGCUGAAUUGCCCAGGGUUACCAAGUACUGUAACUGGAUAACCAAAAAAGAAAGAAAGAAAAACACUUCUAAAAAUUGGAACACUAUGUGUGGUGGUUUGCUUGAAUGAAGUUGAUGGUGUGUGUGAAAAAUAAUGCAGUAGCUAGUUUCCCAAUUUAGGGAAUCUUAAGAAGUGUGGACUUCAAUACCCAGAAUUCCUCCAGCCAGCAUGCUGGCUGGGGGAAUUUUAGGAGUUGAAGUCCACAAUAUUAACAAAUUCACCAUCUUAACAUUAACAAAUUAACUUUACAUUAAUAUUGACCAACUAAAAUGGAUUAAAAAAUAUCUCACUCUCCUGGUG